GACGGUCUUCAGUUUCCAACAGUUCGUCUUCGAGGGUGGAUCGUUUCGCGUGGAUAGAAGGCGAUUGCGCGUGGCGUUUACAAGACAAGAAACAACGUGUGGAUUCUUGAGUGGAUCGCGCGCACGUGAGAGAGAAAGAGCAUUUUGUGCAUCGGAAGCAGGAAGAGAGCGCGAGGAAGAUCGUGGUGUGAAAAUACCCCAGCAAAGAGUGCAUGAGGGGGUCGGAAGGGUGGUACAGCGAACCCGGUUCAACGUUUUUCGGUAGUGAAGUGUGUAGCUUUCAUUCAUUCAUCGAUUCGCCAGUACGACGAGCAGUCGGCAGUCACUUCACGGAAGGUCGAUCGCGGUUCAUUCAUUAACCGCACCGUUUGACUUUUUGACCCAAAGCCGUCAACGCCUACUACGACUGCUGUAGUGAUCGCGAUUUGGACUUUUCGCGCCGCGAAGAAUGUAAGCUGGAUAUCGCAGCGUGGUGCAUUGCGUGGUUGAAUCCUCCAAUCGGCGUUGAAGAUCGCGAUCGCGUGCGCUGAGGUUUCGCUGAGUUGUGCAAAUCUCGCCGAAGGCUGCCACUUGCCGUGAGCGCACUCAGUCGGGUUAUUAAUUAGCCUAACGGAUAAGAUAAGCGAUUGUUUUGCAUCCAAAAGAUUUCCAUUCGUCUUAAUUAGCGCUAAGGCGAAGCGGCGCUCCUGGACGUUGUGCCUUGACGAUCGCCCGGUGAUCAAUGCGGCGAGGCGAUAAAAACAAACAAAUCAACUGAGCGAACGUUUGAAAGUCUGGCCAUCAUCAAUGUGUGCGCGGUGAGCGACGAGGCUAGAAAAAAUGUAUCACCUAAUGAGAUUUACUUAAUUUAUGUAUUAAGAAAGUCAUAAAUACUUCCCCAUUCGGGUCAUCGGGGAGUUCGAGUGAAGAAGCAAGCUCAGAAGAAGAAGAAUAGCGAUUUAUUAGAGGUGUAUUAGGUAGUUUUUCAUUGCUCGGUUUCUUAAUUGUUCGUUUGCGCACUCUUUUCUGUUUGAAAACUGGUGGAAACAUUAAUUUCCCAAGUCCCGGGAGGGGGACUCCGAGAAGAAGAGUUAGUGAAGUGAGCACCGCAAUAAAAAUAGUGAAAAAGUCGUAAAAACCUCGAAAAAACCUAAACAAAAGCUCCGGUAACGAGCAACCACAGCAACCGCUGCCGUUCAUCGGAAGAAGCAGAUAAAAGCCCAUCAUCAUCAUAGUCGCCGUAGUCUUCAUCGUCGUUCGUCAUCAUGCGGACUUGCAGUAGAAACGUAGUCACCGGUGGAAUCUGUAAAAGGCUGCUGCUUCUGCUACUGGUGCUGAUAGCAAUCGAACAAACGGCUGCCUGUUACUUCCCGAUCGAGUACCAAGGCGAGUACAUCACCCAGAAUACGGUUACGGACGGCUCGGUUCGGUACAGUCGGAUCAACAUCACCGAGAGCGCGAUCCCUAUCUGGGGAAACUGCCACAAACGACACGACAACAAUGUCGUCCUAAAAACCGGAACCGAGGAAGCCUCCUGCUACCGCUGCUUUCAUCUGAAGCUGGUCUCAAAGAAUGUUCUUCGAGUGCUAACCGCGGACAACGACUACAUCUCCAAGUGUCACACAAACGAGGAGAAAGCUCUGGCAUCUUGCCUGCGGGACGACGCCCUGCAGGAUGAAGAAAAGAGUACCGAGAUCAUCCUUUACAAAUUCCGCGAAUGGAACAACGACGAGGUCCGCCAGGAGUACUGUCCGAUCCACGGUCGGUACAAGCUGACCUACAACAUCGACAACGGCACCGAAGAUCGCGUCGAGUGCGAAUCACCGGAAUCCGAAGUCGAUAACUGCCCGUCCGGUUCGGCGCUGAACCUCCGCUUCCGCAACUGUGCUUUCCACGACCAGGAAGUCACCUUCGAGUGUCUCGGCCACUGGCGAGGCCUCCGCAACCAGAACUACCUCGCGCUGGUCAACACCAACAACGAUGCCCGCCUUGGGCCCAAGUACCGAUGCGCCACCUGGGUGGAAAACCCCAAGACCGGCGAGAUCGAGAUCUCAUUCAGCAAGGAUUCGACCUGCCGUUCGAUCAACAAGUACCAUCGCAAUGCGAACUCCUACGGUAACAACAUCAACAACGACUAUCACAGCGAGAUCAUCUCGUUGACUCCGAUUCCGCAGGAGUUCGGUCAGAUCAGUCAGUACUGCAGCUUCCCCAACUGGCUGAUCGGCAAAUGGGAACACGUGAUCGUCAGCCAGAACCAGCUCAUCUACAAGGAUCACACCUCGUUCAAAACCUACACGAUGAAGUGCGUCAAAAACAACACCAACUACGACUCGGACAAGUACAUCGUCUACAGCCAAACGCAAUGCGGUGAGGAAAAGUAUCAGUGCCUCAAGAUCCAACGGCGGGACGAGAACGUGUUUGAGUUCCAGAUCAGCUCCCGAUCGGAGCCUAACUUCACCAACACGAUCUGCAACGAGUUCUACUUCAAUGACGACCGGUGGCUGACCCAAGGUCGACUGGACAGUAACAGCAUCGUGUCGCCCUGUCCCAUUGUGGGCGAGUUCUCCGGUGUCAUCCCAGACGAUGAAGGAUUGUGCGCUAAACUGUCCUCGGAGUGCGGAUCGCCGGAUAUUAUGUACUAUCAGAUCUCCGCCUGCGAGUUCGACGAAGUCUAUGAAGAACGGGAAUACCGCUGCCUGGGCCAGUGGACCCACCGGAACAUCGUCUACACGUACACCCAACGGCGGGACGUUGGCACGUACGAGUGCUUCGUGGGCACCAUGCUGUCCGAUCGGCAGAUCUUCAUCAAGGAAGCCGGCGAGCACUGCCAGCGGGACGUCAAUCCGCACCGGUUCGGCAUGGAGCUCAACAAAGUAGCCCACUGUAGCAUGCCGGAGCCGUUCAAGCCGUCGAGUCGGCCGACGCACAAGUACUCGGAGGUGCCGACGGUGCGGUCGACGACGUCCGGCUACCAGCGGCACGAUCAGCAGCAGCCGCACAGUUCCUCGCCGUCCGUGGUGGCCAACUCGACGCCAUCAUCGCCAGUGGUCACCACCGGACGGAGCAACACCCAGUAUACGGUCACGAACCAACAGCAGCCGAAGCAGCCGCAGCCGCACCCGACGGCGAGACCCGGCGUGCCCGGGUCCGGUGCCAGCAGGCCCAUUGUACAGUCACAGUCCUCGUAUUUAUUAUUGUUAGCAACUCUUAUCUGUGUUAUAUUAGGUUCUAAUAAAUUUAGGUGUUAAAAUUUUUUAUUUAAAAAUGUAAAA